AUGAAUCCGUACUGCCCCCACCAAUCGCCAUCGUACAUAUGCAUCUCCCGAGCAUCCCUUUUACCACCUCUCCCCGUCCUGAAACGAAACCAACAGACCAAGUUUGCCGUCAAAUCUGCGGUGCUUGUCACCUACCUACAUAUAAAGAUACCGACGGUCGCAAUCAUGGCUUCCACUUCACAACUGCCCCCGGCCUCCACGCGCCAGCACAACUUUGAGCAAGCCGUCGCCUACGCGCUGCAUCUGUGGCCCGCGCUCACGCUGUCCGUCGCCAACCACUGGGGCGGGCCCGACUCGGCCGAGAAGCGCGACUGGUUCGCCGGCGCCAUUGUCGAGCUCUUUCCCGAAUUCACCGACGCCGCCGCCGCCGGGCCGCCCGACAGCAGCACGUCCUCGAGCAACAACGCGGGCCCCGACGAGGCCGACACGGAAGACGUCGAGACGGUGCUGCUGCAGGUCAUGGUGGACGAGUUCGAGGUCAACGUCGACGACGACUCGGCCCUCGAGGUCGCGCAGCAGAUUGUCCGCGCGCGCACGCAGUGCGCCGCCGGCCAGUUUGACGAGACCAACGCCCUGGCCGAGCGCUUCGGGAAGAGCCGCGGGAGCAAGGUCGCGCCGCUGUUCCAAAAGGCCGAGGACCCGAACCAGGAUACCGACGAGGAGCCCGACGAUGACAGCGACGACGAUGACGACGACGGCAGCGACGUAGACAUGGGCGACGCGCCGGCACCAAAGGAGAAAGAGGAGCCCCAGGUGGACGAGGACGGCUUCACCAUGGUGACGAAGAAGAAGAGGUAG